CUUCCGUUCAGUGUGGUUCAAAAAAUAUUUGCACUCUUUUUUUUAUCUGGUAAAGCAGGGCUAAUCUUUUGUCCGAGGCGGCCGUGUUAGUGAUCCGGUAUGGACAUCCAGAGUAUUGAGCCAAUGACACUUGGCUCCCCAACCUCCCCCAAGCCUGGUGCUCAGUUUUUACCCGGGUUUCUGAUGGGAGACCUGCCUGCUCCUGUCACACCUCAACCCAGGUCUUUUGGGUUGACAGGAGGUGGGGCAGAAACAAGGUCUCCUCUUCUGGCUGGUGGUUCUCCUCCACAGCCAGUGGUCCCAACACCUAAAGACAAGAGUGGAGCCCCUCCAGUCAGAAGCAUCUACGAUGACCUCAACGGCUCCGGUGUGGGAAUGUCACCUCUUGCAGCUCGCAAACAACCAUUUGCUGGAGUGCACACACCAUUGUCUGGUCUACCAGGGACACCAGGAACAGUCUCUAGUUUGUUUAGCCCAGCGGGGCUGCAGAUGAAAACAACACUUUCCCCAGCUCAAGUAGAUCCGUUCUUCACACAAGGAGAUGCUCUGUCCUCUGACGACCAGCUAGAUGACACCUGGGUCACAGUGUUUGGGUUCCCUCCAGCAUCUGCUUCAUACAUCCUUUUACAGUUUGCACAGUAUGGAAACAUAUUAAAACAUGUAAUGUCUAAUACUGGAAACUGGAUGCAUGUUCAGUAUCAGUCUAAACUGCAAGCACGGAAAGCUCUCAGUAAAGAUGGAAAGAUAUUUGGAGAAGCCAUUAUGAUUGGUGUCAAACCAUGUAUUGAUAAGAGUGUAAUGGAAACCUCAGACAAGGGCAGUACUUCCAGUUCUGUGUUCACGCCCCCGGUGAAGGCUCGUGGGACCCCCAGUCACCCUGUAUCAACUCCCCGAUCUGUCAUGAGACCCCUCAGUGCGGCUUACAAAGCAUCCAGCAGUGACUACCAGGUUGUGUCAGAUCAACAGACACCAAAAAAGGAUGACAGUUUUGUAUCGAAAGCAAUGGACUAUAUGUUUGGAUGGUAAUCUUUCACUCACAGGGUCAUGAUGAAAAAGCUCUGAGACCAUCAACAACCUCUGAUGUGUUGGCAUUGCUCUAAAAAACUGACAUUGGGUUUUUCUGAGCACAAUCAUUGAGUGAAUACAAAAGCACUUUAUCUCUACGUUUGCGGACUGUUUGACAUUGCAUGCUCUUUUGCUGAAGAUGGACUCUUGAGUGUUUCACUUGGACUGCUUUCAGCUGCUGGGUUUGGAGUUGGUCCCUCAAGUCUGUCCUCAAAAUCAUACAGAUUUA